AUGCCUCCCCAUCUCAUGACCCUCGCGGACCUGAGCGCCAAUCAGAUCAACCGCGUCCUCCACCACUCCUACCACCUCAAGCUCAUCUCCCAGCCAUGGUUGGCGCCACAAUUCGCGAACAAGCCUACGCAACUACGCAUGCCCUCGCAGUCCUUGUUCAACAAAUCUAUUGCCCUCUUAUUCUCCAAGCGUAGUACGCGCACGCGACUUGCGGCUGAGACAGCUGCCACUUUGCUCGGCGGUCGUGCCCUCUUCCUCGGCAAGGAGGAUAUUCAGCUCGGCGUCAAUGAAUCAGUGCGCGACUCUGCGCGGGUGAUUGGCGGAAUGUGCCAGGGCAUCUUUGCGCGUGUCGGUGACCACUCUGAGAUAGAGGAACUGGCCGAGCACUCGCCCGUCCCGGUGCUCAAUGCCCUCUCAUCUUUGUGGCACCCUACGCAGAUCCUGGCUGACUUGUUGACUCUGCAUGAGCACGCUCAUCUCUUCGACAAGUCGCUUGAGCCGACAAAACCAAGCCAGAAACUUUUACCGCAUCUACAAACUCUUCAUCCUCUUCCGCCAUUAACGAUCGCCUACGUCGGUGAUUCUGCCAACGUACUUCACGAUAUGCUGGUCACGUACCCGCGUUUGGGUCAUUCCUUGCGCGUCGCGUCACCUGAUAAGCCUAUGUACCGCGCUCCGACGGCUGUAUGGGACCGUGUCAAAGAGCUCAAGUGCGACGAGAAGAUCUGGUGGGGUACCGACCCUCGUGAAGCUGUGAAGGGCGCUGACGUCGUUGUCACCGACACUUGGAUCUCGAUGGGUCAAGAGGCCGAGUACGCUCAACGCGUCGCGGACUUUGCCGGUUAUCAAGUCACAGAAGAGAUGUGCCGCGAGGGCGGGGCGAACCCAGACUGGAAAUUCAUGCACUGCCUGCCGCGCAAGCCUCAUGAGGUCGAUGAUGAGGUCUUUUACGGUCCCCGUUCGCUCGUGUUCCCAGAGGCGGAUAACCGUAAAUGGACGAUCAUGGCGCUCUUCGAUCUCUUAUUCGGCAAGUGGAACGUCUUUGAGCACGGGGGAGCACACCGCUACUUUGUCAGCCAAAAGAACGAUGACAAGCCGCGUCCGCCGACCAAGAGCGGGAAGACUGCACCUCCAAACAAGUCCACCCCGACCAAGUCAUCGUAG